ACCUUAUCUUUAAAGUUGCAGACGAGGGAAGUAUAUGAGUUGAAAACAUGAAAUCCACAUAAUCUAAGGAAUAAUAAUAAUAAUAAUAAUAAUAAUAAUAAUAAUAAUAAUAAUAAUAAUAAUAGUAAUAAUGUUGGUGAAUAGCUCUAGCAAUUCAUGGGCAAUAAUUGGUUUAUCACCUCCUAAAUCGGGGCGUUUAUGUGGGUACAAGAAGUUGUAUAUUCUUUAUAAAAACUUAAUUUGCAAUAUUUCAUUGACCAAUAUCAAGUGCAGCAGCAAUUUAGGGAGUCGAAUUGAUAAUAUAGUAAGUUGCAAUGCAAGGAGAAGAGUAAGAUAUGAAGAUGAGGAAGACGAAGAUGACAGUUACGGCUACAAUGAAGAAUUAGCCAUACUAGAAAUGUAUAGUCAAUCAGCAAGAGGAGAAGCUCUCAUUGUUACAGCUAUGGUUGAUGAUCAACAAGCAGAAGUUCUCAUCUUUAAGGGGUUCUCAUCAUGUUUGAGCUAUAAAACAUCUCCUGAUCCAUCAACAAGUGUUCUUCCAAAAAGAGCCAUAAUUAAGCUAAUAGACAGGAUCAAGGGUCCCUUCGACCCCAACAACAUCGACUACAUAGAGAAAGGUUUGACAUUCCAAACAUUUACAAGUCGUAUUGCUCCAACUAAUCAAUAAACUUCAAUUUAUACAACAACAUACUUCACUUUUAUAUUGUACUUUCGUGUUUCCCAUCUCGAUCUUUUCUUUAUAACACAUCUAUCUCUGUACACGAGUUGAAUUGAACUUGUCACACUUUAAGAUGCUCUCUUCCUUUGAAUUUCAAAAUUAAGUGUAAUUUAAAAUUAUACUCUUUACAUUUUUUAAUAAUCAUAAUGUUUGAACUUUUUACACUGUUCA